CAUUUUUAGAACAUCAAAAUAGGCGUGGAAAUGAAAUGAAGGAAGGAGAAAGGGUUAUCCGAAGCGAUGGCAGCGGCAACGUUGUACUUGGCAAAACCAUCUUGGUCUUAUACUCCCAAAAUUCCGUCGUUGCCAAGAGUGAGGGACAGUGGAAUUGGAACUGUUAAAACCAAAGUGAAAGCGAAAGCGGGUAUCCUGGGACUGGGUCUGUUCCACUUCCUCAACUUCGUCGAACCCGGUUCAUGUCUCCAACUGCAAUUCCACGAACCCCCCAAUGCCCUCUCUUUGCCCACAUGGGCCAUUCACGUGUCCAGUGUCGCUGAAUGGAUUAUAGCUAUGGCUUUGGUGUGGCAAUACGGAGAAAAAUCUGGAUACCCAGCUUGGAAGGGCCUUUCUUGGGGAAUGGUACCUCUACUUGGUGGAGCUUUUUGUGCGUGUACAUGGCAUUUCUUUUAUAACUCCGACUCCCUCGAGGUAUUGGUGGCUCUUCAGGCGGCACUGACUAUUAUAGGUAAUGCCACAAUGUGCAUAGCUGCAUAUCGGAUAUACAAAUCAUCCCAAGACUCCUAGAACUUCUGAAUUGCAUGGAUGUGAGAAUCUGGAAGCAUGUAUAUACGCCUCAAUGAAAAUCAAAGGCUUUUGCUGAUUGGUAAAAAUUAUCCUUCAUGGGCUGCAUGAAUGUGAGAAGUGUCUGCUGGCAUACCAAAAUAUUUUAGUGACGAAGAUGGAAUUCAUGUGUCCUGAUUUCUGUUUCCUAUUGUCUUUAAUUUUCUUGUGACAGGAUAAGCAUGCUAGGAGAUGUUCAUUCUUUCUGAAUUUUAUUCACAGUUGGUUCUUUGAUUUUAUGUAAGGUAGCUUUACCUGAAAUUGAGCUUUGGACUUCUUACACUUAAAUAAAAAUAUUAUUUUA